CCCUGGUGCGCCACAGGAAGUCCCUUUGCCCUCACCCGGAAGUGACGUGAGGGCCGCGACCGGAAGCGGCGGCGGGCUCGCGCGCGGCCAUGGGCUCCUCCAAGAAGCAUCGGGACCGCGGCGGGGCCGAGGCGGCCGAGGAGGCUCCGGCGGCGGCGGGGAGCGGAGCCACCCCCGGAGCCGCCGCCGCGGGCAGGCCGCGGGAGCACCGCAAGCAUCGGCACCGCGGCGGGGAGCGGCGAGGGAAGCGGAGCCGCUCCCGCGGCGAGAGAAGCGGCGGCGGCGGUGGCGGCUCCGGCGGCUCCGGCUCCGCUGCGUCCUCCUCCCGCCGCGGCGGCGCCUCCGAGGAGCCGGGAAGGAGCCAUGGCAGGGGGAGCGGCGACGGCGAGAGGAAGGCGAAGAGGGAGAGGAAGGAGGAGAGAGAGGAGCCCGCUGCCCCCCCCAAGGCCUCUGGGGCUGAGUCCUCCCUCAGCGUGGAGGAGACCAACAAGCUGAGGGCCAAGCUGGGCCUGAAGCCUUUGGAGACUUCCAGUGCCAAGAAAGAGGCUGGCACCAAGGAGGACCCAGUGGCAGCUGAGAUCAUCAACCCCCUGCUGCUGCGCCAGCGCCAGGAGCUGAGGGAGAAGCUGGCAGCUGCCAAGGAGAAGAGAAUCCUCAACCAGAAGCUGGGCAAGGUGAGGGCGCUGGGGGCAGAGGAACCCUGGCUGGAGGAUGCCGCAGCCUGGAUCCAGCGCAGCAGGAAGCUGCAGCAGGAGAAGGAGAUGGCAGAGAAGAGGGCCAAGCUGCUGGAGGAGAUGGAGCAGGAGUUUGGGGUCAGCACCUUGGUGGAGGAGGAGUUCCUGAGGAGGAAGAAGGAGCUGUACAGCUGCAGGGACCUGCAGGGGCUGAGAGUGGAGCACAGCCUGGAGACCUUCCGCGAGGGGGAGACCUUGGAGCUGACCCUUAAGGACAGGGGGGUGCUGGAGGCAGGGGAGGAUGUGCUGCAGAACCUGGCACUGGUGGCACAGGAGCAGGCCCAGGAGGGGCUGCAGCUGCGCCAGGGGCAGCCUCACUACGACCCCUACCCCGAGCAGGACCCUGCCAGUGCCACCCAGCCCCCCCAGCCCAAGGUCCUGCUCCCCAAGUACUCAGACCCCCCCCAGCGACCUUCCUUCCGCCUGGGCCCCGGCGGGGGGGCACCGCUGGGGGGAGGCCCUGGGGAGGGUCCCCAAGCUGGAGACCCCCCAGGGCCUGCCCCCCAGAGCCUGCAGCUGCCCCCCCUGCGCCUGGCACCUGAGUACCUGACCCCGGAGGAGAUGGUGACCUUCCGGAAGCCUCGGCGCAAGGUGAGGAGGCUGAGGAGGAAGGCUCUGAAGGCAGACGACCUCCUGCCCCUGGCCCCUGGCGACACCCAGGGGGACUUUGGCUCCAGGGCCCGUGGGCGUGGCCGUCGGGAGCAGGAGGAGGAGGAGGAGGAGGCCGAGGGCAGUGCAGGGGCUGGGGACCCUCCAGCUCCCUCCAGCCCCAGCCAGGGACCCCCUCCCCAGCUCCCCUCUGAUGACCCCCGGGUGGAGAACAUGGACAUCAGCAGCGAGGACGAGGCAGCGGCGCCAGGGUCGCCCCCGGGGGGGCUGGAGGAGGAGGAGGAGCUGCAGGAGCUGCAGCUGCAGCUGCAGAGGAGUCGCCGCCUACGGCAGCUGCAGGCACUGCGGGAGCAGGGCGGGGGGCAGAAGCCCCCUGCCCAGGUGCUGGAGCUAUUGAGGGGCUCCGGGGGGGGCCCUGGGCCGGACCCCCGGGGAGGCUCCAUCGUCUUCAAUGCCACCUCCGAGUUCUGCAGGACCCUGGGGGAGAUCCCAACCUAUGGCCUGGCGGGGAACAGGGAGGAGCAGGAGGAGCUGAUGGCUCUGGAGCGUUCAGGACCCUCUCCCCCCCCGGGGGAGGCCCCAGAGUCGGAGGGGGAGGAGAACGUUGGCUGGAGCAGUGUGAACCUGGCUGAGGAGAGGCAGCACCAGAACCCCUCAGCCUCCUCCACCACCAUCCUGGACGAGGAGCCCAUCGUGAACAGAGGCCUGGCAGCUGCCCUGCUGCUCUGCCAGAACAAGGGGCUUCUGGAGACAACCCUGCAGAAGGUUGCCAGAGUGAAGGCUCCCAACAAGAGCCUGCCCACAGCUGUGUACUGCAUCGAGGACAAGAUGGCGCUGGAGGACAAGUACAGCCGGCGGGAGGAGUUCCGAGGCUUCACGCAGGAGUUCCGGGAGAAGGAGGGGUACAGGCCCGAGGUGAAGAUCGAGUACGUGGAUGAGACGGGCAGGAGGCUCACGCCCAAGGAGGCCUUCCGGCAGCUCUCUCACCGCUUCCACGGGAAGGGCUCAGGGAAGAUGAAGACUGAGAGGAGGAUGAAGAAGUUGGACGAGGAGGCGCUGCUGAAGAAGAUGAGCUCCAGCGACACCCCCCUGGGCACUGUGGCGCUGCUGCAGGAGAAGCAGAAGGCUCAGAAGACUCCGUUCAUAGUCCUGAGCGGCAGCGGCAAGAGCAUGAACGCGAACACCAUCACCAAGUGAGGACUCGAGCGACCCCCCCCAGGCUCUGCCCCCUGCCCCUCCCCCCUGCUCCUGUCCCCUUUGUCACCCCCCGGAGUUCAAUAAAGGUCCCCUGGACCCUC